AUGGCGGCCAGCUUCCCCACCGACUCCUUCAACCGCGCCGUCGAUGGUGCAAGGCGAUUUGUCGGCGCUUUCGGCCCGCAGUCCUCCUUCACGCUGAGGUUCCUCACGCAGCAGCUGCCGGGCCCGAUCCGCAAGUCUCACGGAGAGACGCCCCACCUGUUCGUCCGGCCCCACGGCGGGAACAUCAUCAUGCUGGACGCCGACGUGGACGUCCUUCCCGACGGCCACGCGGAGUGUUUGGCAAUGGCGCCCGUGGUCGUCGUGGCCACCAGCGGUUGGGAGUGCCCGAACCGCCAGCACUGGUACGUCAUGGACCCAACUGGGCUGCGGGGCGGGGAAGGUCGGAACGUCACUCUCACUUUGCAACGCACGUUGGGAACAGACCCAAACUCCACUGCUGAGGGGCAGCUGGGUCGCAUGCUGGGUUCUCUCAACGCCAAGCCACACAAGCAAUGCACGGCGCAGCUCGUAUCCGUGUCGCGGGCGUUCUUCAAUGCUGCUCGCUUCUACUCCUUGACUGCCAAGCUGACGCCGCGUCUGGCCGUCGACGGGGCAGGCGCGGCGUCUGCGCAGAUGCCCCGCGCGCCUGCCCAGCGCAGGGCGCCAUCCUUGGCGAGCGACGCCAGCAGCAUGGACUGGAAAGAUUGCUGCGAUUUCUGGGAGAGGCCGCCGCACGCAACCCUGCAAUAUUGCAUGUCCGCCGCAGCGCCGCCGCCGCCGCGGGCCCCCGCGGCCGCGGCCGCGCCUUGGCCCGCGGCCGCGCCCCGGCCAGCGGCCGGGCCCCUGCCGCGCGCAAACGUUGCGCGCUCGCCGCCCCUGGCAGCCCCCGCGCAGGCUGCCGUGGCCCCCUCGCGUUCCAGCGACUCGCCAGCGCCGCGCGCCCCCGCGCCGCUUGCGCCGCCAUCGCCGCCGCCGGUGGCCGCCCCUGCGCGCGCGACUGGCCUGCUCGCAGGUUCAGGCCACGCCUCGCGGGCAGCUGCCCCCGCACCAGUGGCGCAGCCGCCGCUCGCAGCCCCCGCCCCCGAGCCACUGCGGCGCUCGGGCCUCGAGCGGGCAGCAGCUGCCCCCAACCCGCCAGGGCGCUCGGGGCACGCGCGGGGCGCGGCCGACUCCGCACCCGCUACGCCGCUGGCGCUUGCAGCCUCCGCGCCCGCGGCCGACCCGCCGCGCUUCUGGGCGACGGCGUCUCUCCUUGAUGACGCGGCGCAAGCGUGCGCCCCAGGCAUGUUCAAGCGCGUGGACUGCGAGAUCUGCAAGACGAAAGAGCAUUUCUCCAAUACCCAACUCAAGUACAAGCACAAGAAAGGCACCGAGUGCGCGGAGAAAGCUCGUCCGAUAAAGGGCGUCGCGAGAGACGGUCGCAAGAGGGCGCUCAAGCCGUGCUCCUCCUGCUACGCCGAGCUGGGGAAGCAGUCCUUCACCAGGCCUCAGCGGCUGUCAAAGGACGACGAAUCGCGCACCUGCAAGGGUUGCGCCGCGCAGCCAUCCGCACCCCGAGAGCCCGCUGACAAAGUGGACGAGGACGUCUUUGAUUCUCGCGCGGAGGCGCUACGAUUCAUCCUUACUUCGGCAACCACUCUGCAGUCCGUGGACUUGCGGACCAACAACGCCGCUCGGAUGUUGCACGGCCGCGCUCCCGUGAAAAACAUCGAGCCGGCUGGGGGCCUCGGGGUGGACGAGAAGCUUGCUCUCCUCAAGAAAGCGCACGAGGAGGACCUGCAGCACAGCGGAGGUGCCGACGGACUGCGUCGUGCCCUCGUCGAUGCUAUGGGGGGCUGGACGUACCUUGGCUUGGACGCCGCAUUCUAUGUUGCCCGGUGCGUCGCGUGCCGGCGCAGCACCUCUCGCGGCGCCCGCGUGGCUGAUGCCCCGCUCCGACAUCUCCCCGGUAAGCUGGAGGUGUUGAACGUUGUCUGGAUGGACCUGAAGGCCAUGCCGGCCACGGACGACGGGGCCGCUUGGACAUUAUUGGUGCUUGUGGAUUUCGCGAGCGGCAAAAUGUGGACCAAGGACUUCGACGCCGCACCUGCGGAGACAGAUGCCGCAAGCCUGUCCGGGGCGCAGUCGUUCUUGAUGGACUGGGUCAUGUCCGUGGUUAAACACGCCCCGACUGUGUGGUGGAGCGACAGCGGAGGGCAGUUCAAGUCCGAAAUCAAUGCAAUGGUGGAAAACGCGUUCGGCACGGUCUCUGCGUUCAUCCCGCCGGGGCACCCCGCCCCCAACGGCCUCACAGAGCGGAUGAACGCGGUGCUGGGGCGAUUGGCCAGCAGCCGGGCGAAACUGCAAUCAGUGACUACAGCGCUGAACAACGCUUGCAGGGGCAGGCACUCGUGCCCCCCAGAAGUCCUGCAUCGGAUGCUUCUCCCCCGCCGCAGCACGCUCACUCACCAGGCGGUCCGGCAGCACAUGCAGGCGCAAGAGGCCGCGGGCGCAGAGAUCGAUCGCGAUUCUUUCCUGGCUGCGUACACCGAUAUGGUCGAGCAGAUGAAGGUGGACGGGGCGCAAGAGCUGAUUGACGACCACGCUUCCCAAGUCGGCACACUCAGGGACGCCAUCUCGUGUAGGCAACUGCGGAUAGACAUUGGCAACCGACUGCAGUGGUCCCGGAACUCAUCCAACAAGGGCAUGAUCUUCUACACGGGCGACCUUAACAUCCACGACAAGUACGAGGACGGCUCGUUCGAGAUCGUGGGCGUCGCGGUGCAGCUGCUCGAGGUCAGGCGCAGAGGCGGCGAUGCUGGCCAGGCUGAUGGCGCGCCGAGGACCAUCCAUAGGGACAGCGCUCGCCUGGCCAUCGUGGAUAUCAGCGGCUCCCAGGGUGACCCCGCAAAGCCGCGGCCGCAGACCACCGCGAGGCUGCCAACGGUGAUCAAGAUUCCAGACGACGGGCACUGCCUGUUCAGCGCCGUCGCCUACGGCGCGAAGGGCAUCAAGGGGGAGGUGCCCAGCGACCAGCGGCUGUCCGCCACGGGGCAGGCGCACAGGAAGGAGGUGGCCGCGUGGAUCGACACCCACAGGGAAGAAUACCUGGACGAUGUGUCUGUCGAGGACGUCCUGCGGGUCGAACUCGAAGACGACCCACACAUGAAGGCGGAUGCCGCCUGGCCAGAGAUUUCGCAGAUCAUCAGGACCCCGCGGUACUUCGGGAGCGGGGUGGCCAUGUAA